GACGCUGGAACAGCCCAGGACGACUCCGGGUCUGUGACUCGUCCAGGAGCGGCAGGCGGACGUGAUGACAGGGCAGCGAUCCACUGCUGAGCGAGUUCUAAACCUGUUAAACCACUAGCACCGUUAGUUAAUGGCCCUGGCAAACAAGUGAGUAACCUAGCAUGAGUUAGAUGAAGGUAGAACCACUGCAGGGAUCAUUUGGGAGUUUAGGCUAACUACUCCAGUGGCUAGCUAAUGUAAAAUCUGUAAAAGCCAUCGCGUCAGCGCUGCUAGCUCUCGCUAAACCUGUUUAAAGUGCUCUAGAAGUUCUGUCGUGUCGAUCCGCAACAUUUACAGAGGAAAUAGUUGUAAAACUCAAGUCGGGAAAUCAUGACGUCGAUGCUGUUUGAUCCGUCAACAUAUGCGGAGGGGCACUUUUGACUUUUUUGGGCUGUCAACAAGCUCGCUGGCGUUAGCUACCCUGGCUAGCCAGCAGCUAGCACUCCUGCUACCAUGGCCAGAAUCGAAACCGGGCGUCAGUCGGCGGACACCGCCAGCAUCCGGACCGUCAGCAGCAGCCGGGCGGACGACGAGGGCUCGCUGGGGUCCGACUCCGAGAUCAACGGCUUCACCAGCGACAGGCACACCGACAAGUACGGGUUCAUCGGCGGGGCGCAGCAGCACUCCGAGGCGUCAGCUCAGGAUGUGCCUGCAGAGGUGCUCAGGCAAAGAGAGGUGAAGUGGCUGGACAUGCUCAACCACUGGGACAAGUGGAUGAUCAAGAGAUUCGACAAGGUGAGGCUGCGGUGCCAGAAAGGAGUCCCUCCUGCCCUCCGAGGCCGGGCAUGGCUCUACCUGUCAGGGGGCAAGGUGAAGAAAGAGCAGAACCAAGGGAAGUUUCAGGAGCUGGAUAGCCAGCCAGGGGAUCCCAAAUGGGUUGAUGUGAUUGAGAAAGAUCUCCAUCGACAGUUUCCUUUUCAUGAGAUGUUUGUGUCACGGGGAGGACACGGACAGCAGGAUCUGUUUCGUGUUCUUAAGGCCUACACGCUCUUCAGGCCAGAGGAGGGAUACUGCCAGGCUCAGGCUCCCAUAGCUGCUGUAUUGCUCAUGCACAUGCCUGCUGAGGAUGCCUUCUGGGGGCUGGUCCAAAUUUGUGAGAAGUAUCUUCCUGGCUACUACAGUCCUGGCCUGGAAGCCAUACAGUUAGAUGGAGAGAUCCUGAACGCUUUGCUGCGACGCGUCUCCCCACUAGCCUACCGCCAUCUGGAAAAACACAAGAUCGACCCCAUCCUCUACAUGACUGAAUGGUUUAUGUGUGCCUUCUCCAGAACGCUGCCUUGGGCUUCAGUGCUGCGUGUCUGGGACAUGUUCCUCUGUGAUGGAGUAAAGAUAAUCUUACGUGUUGGUUUGGUGCUGCUCAAGUGCAUGCUAGGGACCCGGGAGAAGCUGAAGGCCUGUCAGGGCCAGUACGAGACCAUGGAGCUUCUCAGGGCCAUCGAGCCUCGAUACAUGCAGGAGGGCUACCUCGUCCGAGAGAUUCUGGAGGUGCCAGUGACCGCAAGAGAAGUGGAAAGAGAGCAUCACACCCAGCUGAAGCGCUGGAAGAAGACCCGCGGAGAGCUUAACUUCAAAUCGCCUCCCAGGAUGCACGGCGCACGGCGUGUCAUGUUGGCAGAGCCGCCCAGGCGCCAGGACCUGCAGCAGAAUCCCACUAUUGUACUGGAAGUGCCUCCGCCCACCUCGCAGCUGAAGAAGGGAAAGGAGGAGAAGAAAAGCCAAAAGAAGAGGAGCAUGAAGAAGAAAUCCCCACCCACUAUGGAGGUCCCUAACCCUUACCCUCUUUCAAACGACGCACCGCCUCCACCACCACCCACAGAGCCACCUGCCCCACCCCCGAACAGGGUCGAGACAGCUGAGGCUGUGCCACAAACUGAAACAAACUCAACUCACCAGCAGCAAGAGCCUCCUACAGUCCUCCCCCCUGCCGAAGAAUCUCUUCUUCAGCGAUCCACACAAAGCCUUUGCAGCACAGACCAGGACACUUACCUGUAGCUCCACGUCUGUCAGUAUGUGUGUGUGUGUAUGUGAGUGAAACACCAGCACCCAUCAGCCAACAACCAGCAGUCAGCAUCACUAUCACUAUUUUUCUAGUGUUAGACUGUUUUAUAUUCAUUCUUUCAUUUCAGAAACUGUUACGCCUAUGAUAUUAUUGAUGUUCCAAAAACAUAGUUGCUAAAUGUAAAACUGCUUCGAUGCAAUUUCUCCACAUGAAUCUGCUGUGAUCUCCUGUUAAUGGUUUUGCUCAGAUAUAGGUGUCUUGUUUACAAGGGAGACACGUUACCGAGUUUUUGGAAGCUAGGUCAUUUCUCCAGACAGGUGUGGUUUAAAUGGGACUCAAAGGACAAUGAGGUGCCACAGCUCAUGGGCUAUGUCUGCACAGAAGCUGAGCCGUGGUAGCAAGGUCUCGCCAAUACAGGCGCUCGACCAAUUGCACGUCAGUCUGACUUCUCAUUCAUGACAUUUCACCUCAUUUUCAUCGCAUCAAAUAACUUGUUAAAACCAAACUAACUGGAAAACCAGCAUUUGUAUCCCAUCCUCUAACAUGGAGUAGGUUGGGUUUAUGACCUUUGCUACAGCCAGCCACCAGGUGGCGAUCAAGAUGCUUUCGCUUCACUUUGGGAAGCUGUCAUGUGUCCCUCUUUAUGUACAGUCUAUGCUAAUAUUGUGCAGCGGUGGACACAACUCUUUUCAACUUUCAAACUACUUUAGCCAAUAUGUUUCAUGAGGGGUUUUGUACACUAGAGGGCAGUGUUGAAAAGGUUUCCUCUUGCCUGUUAGUAAAACCAAUCACAGAAGGAAUGGGCUUCCUUUUAGGAUUCACUCAGUUUGGGAGAUUAAUGUUUGACAUUGAUGUUGGAUUUCUUCUUGUCCAGUAGGGAAACUUUUUCCCAACUUGCAUUUCAUGUUUUAUAUUCUUAUUUUUCAGCUGAAAAUUAUCUUCUUCAAGUCAUGACCUCACCCCACAUUGAGUUCAUGCAAGGUGUCAUCUACAAAGCACUAUUAUUUAAAGAACAGUGUAAACAUUUAGUUGUGCUCAUGUGUUUCAGAGUCUGUUUAAUAGAAACAGUUAAUCUCUGUAUAUCAGUGUGCCAGGCACAUCUAGCCACUUUAAAUAAGCAGUAAUUCAUGUUGCCUGGGCAGCAGAGAGGAGAACACAUUCCUUAUAGUGUCCCACAUGUCUGCCUUGUUACAAGACAAUUGUCUAAAAAAUGUCUCUUGCCAAAUUUUAAUCUGUGUAGUGUAUGUGUUUGUCAUUGUUUCCUGUCACAGCCGGGGCAGUGAGUUAGUGCAGGUUCGUGCACUUGACGUAGCUCAAGUAUCCAUUUGGGGCCAAGCAGAUCUUUAGGUCUAGUGUGUUGGGUUUAUUUCUUUUUAAAUAUUUCUUUGCUAGAAUUUCCAAAGCUAAUCAAGACUGUUGUUUUGAGACGAUCUUCGACCGCUUCCUGUGACCAGACUUAUUCCAUUAGCACAGACAAGGGAUCAUUUAGUGAUUUCAAGAUUUACUGGGGUAUUUCUUGCAUGAGAGCCCUCAUAUCUUUGGGAAAUUGGGAGAUGAGCAGGGGUUGUUAGGCUCUUUUGUCUUGUAAUUUUCAUCACAAUGAUAAAUGAGAAAGGGAGUUCUGACAAGCACAAGUACAUAUGUGGGAUGUGUUUGUGUGUCUACUUAAUAAAUAAAAUUCUGCUUUUAAAAAAUGCAUGUAUAGGUCAGUUAUAAACAAACCAGUGGGGUUUAAAAGAAUAACAUGUUCAAGCAGUCACUUGUCUAUAUGCAAUAGUUUUUUAAGUUGCUUGUAUUUCACACUUUACACAUGUUCUAUUUUAAUUUAAUGCUUUUUCUGUAGAUAUGACAUGUAAAAUAACAAUUUGUUUUGUGAUGAAAUCUAUUUUUCAACAUUUGAUUCCAUAUUUUAUCCCGCAUUUAGAGAAAAACUUUAAACCAGUUGCAGUCUCAGACAAUAUAUCUUACAUCCAUAUUUGUAACACUAUGGGGGAAAUGUUCAUUCAUCUGGAAUAAAUGGGUAACUCCUGCCUCUGAAAAUACUUUUCUCCAGACUUCUAUUUUACCGUUCUCAUUACGCUGAUAACAGAUGUUUGACAACCAUGACGCAGAUCGCAUCAUUGUGAGUUUAACUUUUACAAAUAAAGUUUUAUUUAAAGCGAA